AUGUUCAAGCGCCUCGUCACCGUUGCUCCCCGCGUCGGGUCUGUCGCAACUCGCAGCGCCUUUUCUCCCCUCACCGGCCUGCAGUCCGCUCAACCCGCCAUCCGCACUGCUGCUCCUGCCCCCGCUCAACAGCGCAGAGGAUACCACGAGAAGGUCCUAGACCACUACAACAACCCCCGAAAUGUCGGCUCCAUGCAGAAGGGUGACCAGGAUGUCGGCACUGGUCUCGUUGGUGCGCCCGCUUGUGGCGAUGUCAUGAAGUUGCAGAUUCGCGUGAACAAGGAUUCCGGCCGUAUCGACGAUGUCGUCUUCAAGACUUUCGGUUGUGGCAGUGCUAUCGCUUCUUCCAGCUAUCUUACCGAGCUCGUCCGCGGUAUGACCCUCGAUGAGGCUGGCAAGAUCAAGAACACCGAUGUGGCGAAGGAGUUGUGUCUGCCUCCUGUCAAGCUGCACUGCUCCAUGCUUGCUGAGGAUGCUAUCAAGAGUGCUAUUGCAAACUACUACACCAAGAACCCCAACACCCGUACUACCGAUCUGUCCGGGACAGGCGGUGUCAUUCCUGACGCUAAGACUGAGACUGCUGCUGCCGUUUAA